AUGUUGCGUUUCGUAGCUUUCUUUGCUUUGGUCAGUUGUGUCUUUGCCGGUACUUUUCCCGAUUAUUUGGAGGGACGUAUUGUAAAUGGUGUUAAUAGUACCAUUGAAGCCCAUCCCUAUCAGGUUUCAUUGCAAACCAACAAUGGUUUCCAUUUCUGUGGUGGUUCCAUCAUCAGCGAAGAUAUUAUUGUAACCGCCGCUCAUUGUAUGCAAAAAUAUAAGGCUCAUGAAUUUAAAGUACGUUUGGGUUCCACCGAAUACAAUAAGGGUGGUGUAUUGGUCGAUGUUAAAGCUUUCAAAUUCCAUAAAGGUUAUAAUCCCAAAACCAUGGUAAAUGAUGUUGCCGUCAUUAAGUUAGCCAGACCUGUGCGUGAAACCGCCUCAAUUCGUUAUGUGAAAUUAGCUGAAAAGACUCCUGCCACCGGUACUACCGCUGUUGUUACAGGCUGGGGCGCUAAAUGCUUCUUAUUCUGCCAAACCGCUCCUAUUAUUUUGCAAGAAGUCGAAGUUGAUAUUAUUGAUAAUGCUGUGUGUGGCUCAAGUAAAUAUAAAUAUGGUGCUGAUAUCAAGGAAACCAUGUUGUGCGCUUAUGCUGUUAAGAAAGAUGCUUGCCAAGGUGAUUCGGGUGGCCCAUUGGUAGCCAACAAUGAAUUGGUCGGUGUUGUUUCUUGGGGUAAAGGUUGUGCUAUUUCUGGUUAUCCCGGUGUCUAUUGUGAUGUAGCUACUGUUCGCAGCUGGAUCGAAAAGACUGUUAAGGAAUUUGUUAAAGAAUAUUCUUUCUUGUAAAGUUCUUUACUAGUAUUUUAUUCAAACUAAAAGUUUGA